AUGUCGACCGAAACGUCGGUGAAACCUCCGCUCUCGACGCCGCUGAAGGCGACCUCUGCAAGUGAGGCACGGGGUCCCAAGCAGACGGAAGCUCUGCCGAGAUGGGAGCUCUGGGGAGGGGGCUGGAGUGGCGGCGGCGGCCACUCGACGAGGCGGCGCCGCGCGGCGAGCAAGUGUGUGGCGCAGAUGUCCUCCGCCGCCGCGGGCUUCAGCCUGCUGGCCGCCGCCAGCCUGCCCGACCCGCACGAGGCGGCGGCGGCGGCGCACCUGCACGGCCUGCUGCCCGAGCUCAACUCCGUGGACCUGGCCAUGUCGCUGAGCCCCAAGCACCAGCACACCACGCCCUUCUCCGUCACCGACAUCCUCAGCCCCAUCGAGGAGUCGUACCGCAAGCUGGAGCUGGCGGCGCCCGGCUCGCCGUACCGCAGCAGCACCGGGGGCAGCAGCAGCGGCGGCAGCAGCGGCGGCGGCGCGGGGGCGGCGAGUCCCGCCGUCAUGCCCAGCCCCUACAUGCACGUGGCGCACCAGUUACCCGCCGCGCCGCAGUACUGUGGCGGCGACAUGCCCGCGCACUACGGCGACAUGCGCGGCUCCGCGGGCUGGUACGGCGCGUCGGCCGGCGACCCGCGCUUCGCAAUCUCGCGGCUCAUGGGCUCCUCGGCGACGGCCGGCAUGAACAUGAACAUGAACAUGAACAUGAACAUGGGCAACAUGACGGGGCUGGCGACGUGCAGCGUGGCCGGCGACUCCAAGCCCAUGCAGUUCCCCCUGGCGCAGCGCCGCAAGCGGCGCGUGCUCUUCACCCAGGCGCAGGUGUACGAGUUGGAGAGGAGGUUCAAGCAGCAGAAAUACCUGUCUGCGCCGGAGAGAGAGCACCUCGCGAGCCUCAUACACCUCACCCCCACGCAGGUGAAGAUCUGGUUCCAGAACCACCGCUACAAGUGCAAGCGCCAGGCCAAGGAGAAGGCGAUGGCGGAGCAGAACGCGCAGAACCAGGCGCAGAGCUCGCCGCGGCGGGUAGCCGUGCCCGUGUUGGUGAAGGACGGCAAGCCCUGCUCCAGCGGCGGCGGGGACGGCGGCGGCGGCGGCGGCGGCGGCGGGCGAGCGGCGCUGGGCGGUGGCAGCGGGCAGUCCCCGCAGGCGGCGGCGGGGGCGGCGCACUGCUCGCACAGCCCGGCCAGCUCCGCGCUCGGCCAGCAACAACAACACCAGCACCACCAGCAACAGCACCAGCAGCAACAACACCAGCAGCAGCAGUGCACCAGCACGGCCAGCCUGCUCAGCAACAUGGCCUACCAGCGCCAGAACCUGGCUGCCAUGGGCAUGCAGCACCCGCACCAGCAGUGCUCGUCCUACCUGCCGCUGCAGGGCCGCGCCUGGUAA